ACGAAGGAGGGUUUGACGAGUGUGAUGAGUUAUCAUUUCAUUCAGCAUCAGCUUCUUCUCAAGGAAGUCAAUCAUGCUGUGCUGGAGCACCAUGUAGUUGCUACCAAACUAAUUCCUCGGACAAACAAGAGCUGACAGCAUUAGAAGUUUCGAGUCCGCAAGAUUGAGCGCAAAUGGUUUGUGUGAUUGGUGCUCCGCUGGUUCUCCGGACAAAGACCAAAGCGUGGCACAAGAUGAUCAAAGGAGUGAUUCUUUCAUGCACUCCAAGGCUACCAAACAGAGAAAAUGGUGAAGGUGAAGAGUCCUCCGAUGAUCCAUUUGCAGCAAAAACCAGUGAUAGAAGUGGGGGCUGGCUUCAAUUAAGCAUGACCUAGCUAUUGGACCUUUUCUUUGUAGUGGCACUCUGUGUCUUGAAAGGACCGGUCCACUAACCAAGUGGAAGAUAAGGAAGGCAAGAACAGGAUUUCAGCUGUUUGAUGUGGCCACCAUUCUCAGAUCUUCUUCUUGUCCUUCAUGUAAGUACAGCUAAUCACCUUCAAAUGACUAUAUAUAAAUACACCACCGAGAGCUUCAACUUACCACAACUCUUCAUCUUCAAAUAAUUAUAUGUAUGGAGAAUCACUUGAAGUCUCAAAUAGCAAAGAUAGUGCUCCUCCUCCUCGUACUCCUCUUCAUUCCUCUUGUGCCUGCAUCCAUAAGGCCUUGCUACCUCUUCUUUCUCCUCAACAUCCUUAUCCUUGCUCUGGGCGUCGAGGCCGGCUUCCUUCAAAUGAUUUCUGACCCUCACGACGAGAAGAACAUAACGACGUCCAUUGCUACUCCUCUGACCAUAGCAGAUAUGCUUGAUUGUGCCUUCCAUGAAGGGACACUGCAUCCGUUGAAGGACUCCGAUGGAGAGGACGGAGACGAAGAAGAAGAAGAGGAGGAGGAGAAGUGGGAAGACAUUGGAGAGCUCAGCACGCAGGAGCUGUUCACAAAGUGUGAGGCAUUCAUUGGCAACUUCUACAAGCAGCUGAGGACGCAAAGGGAGCAGUCGUGGAGGAAGAAGAUUCAUGACCUCAGGGCCUUCUGACGUUGAACUGCCACACCCUUCGU